ACAGAUCCAAAACGUCUGAAGAAAGAGUUAACCAAGUCUCUGAAGACUAUCAAAUCAGACGACCGUAUAUUGCUGGUUGGUACCACCCACUGCCCAUUUGAUGCUGAGCUGAAGCCAUUCAUGGGCUGCUACCAACGGGUGAUCCUGAUUCCCAGGCCGGACUAUGCUUCCAGACACUUGCUGUGGAGGAAACUCAUUGUGAAGUAUGGGGGACAACUCUCAAACACAUUAGACAUCAGCUCACUGUCCAAGGUCACAGAUGGUUACACGCCAGGUCACAUGGUUACAGCCAUCCAGCAAGUUCUCACUGACCGCCGGGUCCAGCUGCUGUCAAAGAAGCCACUUCUAGGAGUAGAAUUUCUAGCUCCACUAGCUCGGCUGGAUCCUGUCUACAAGGAGGAGGAAGAGUCAUUCAAG